AUGGCCGACUCCAAUGGCGGUGGUCGCAGGCCGAUCUACCCUGCCGGGACGAUCGCUAAAGUGUCUAGCGACAUCCUGAAUGAAACAUUUCACAAUAUCAUCCACGAUCUCGUGGCCAAGGUGCAUCGCGAAGAAAAAGUGGCGCGCAUGCGGUCCGCGGUGGUUGUUGCCCGACAAAAGGCAGAGGAAGAGGCGAUCUUGCCCGAGGAAACCGCGAGCAAAACAUCCGUUGACACAAAGAGAGAAAUUGUCUUGGACCACAAAAAGCUGUCCGGGAUGCACAUGGAGACCGAUGCAGCCAUCUACGACCGCGGAAAGGUCUUCCUCAAGGGCAACCCACUACAGACGGUCAAAGAAGUCAUCUGUCCAGACUGCCGCCUCCCACGUCUACUGUACCCUACAGCCGGUGCCAGUUGCAAAGCUCCUCCCGAUGCCGAUGUUGAAUACUGUUCAAAUCGCCCUCUGAUUACCAAGCCGGGCCAUGACGUCCACGGCAAACUGUAUGCCAUCAUGCCAAAUCCCAAAAAGAAGAAGGGUGAUCGUGACAGCACCAUCCCCGAGAUGCCCACUACCAAAUGCCCCCUCUGUCCCCGUUAUUUCCUCAUGACCCGUCUGGCCCAACACCUCGACCGGUGCAUGAACCUCUCCGGCCGUGGCGCGGGCACGCGCAACAAGACCCCAACCGACAGCGGAGCCAGCAACGGCAACAGUCCCACCUCAUCAUCAGCGAAACGUGCGCACGCAGACGCAGACGACGAUGAAGGCAGUCCCAGUCCCACCAAGAAGAAGAAGAAGCUGAACGGGCCCAAGAAAGGAUCCUCGAACAAACCCGGGCCGAGCAAGCUCAAGCAAUCCUUCACGGCCGAGGAUAAUGACGACGAUGUGAAGAGCGAAAAUGCGGACUGA